AUUGGAGCAAGGCUUGGAAAGGUGUACAGAUGAGAAAGUUACUGUGGUGGUCUGCAUGGUACACCUAUGAAGAAGAAUUUCAUGAUCAAUUGAAAGUCAUGGGUGCUGUGUCUAAACAAGCUGCAAAGGAUUUGGUAUGGUACCCUGCACAAAACUGGUGCAGGGCUUAUUUUGACACAGUCUGCAAAAAUCACUCAUGUGAGAAUAAUUUUACCGAGUCAUUCAACAAAUGGAUUCUAGAAGCAAGGGCAAAACCUAUAAUCAAGAUGUUAGAAAAUAUUAGAAUCAAGCUUCAAAGAUCAAAACAACCAGCCCAAGAUGUGCCAGUGUCAGCACCCCAAGCCAGUCAAGAAAAAUCUGGUAGUGUCUUCAUGCCUACUCCUAGCUUUAUUGCUUCUUCAAGUCAACAGAGUAGCCAACCUGAUGAGCAACAUGUUGCACCUUCAAGUGCAGUUGCUGAUGAGGAUGGAGGUGAGCAUGAAAGUGAAGACGAGCAGACAAUUCUAAGGCCGAAGGCAAUUUCUGAAGCUAGGACUAGGCUUCAAGCUAAAAAGAUACAGAUUCGACCAACUGGUACCAAGAGGAUUGGCUUCAAAGGAGAUGACAAUGGUGUGAGCAUUCCAACUAAUCUGCCAUACUCACCAAGAAAAUUGGCAUGGAAAGGGAAAAAGCUAUGA